AUGGCUUUCUUCGAAGACCCGCGCAUGCGGCAGCGGUGGAACCAGAUCUCACAGACAACUGAGACAGUCACCGAGAACGCCGCUGCAGGUAUAUGGACCUUUGGCCAUACAUACAUCAACCCAUGCUUCUCUUCCGUCGCAUCGGCAUUUGGUAGUUGCACCCACGUUUGCCUGGGCGAUCGAGAAGAACGCGUGCGACGAGCGAGGGACCGCCAACAGGCACGAGGCCGCGCCGAAUACAGCUUUGACUUCUACGAUGACUGGGAUGAGGACCUGGGUGGGCCGGAUGGCGGAUUCGUUGGUGGUUGGCGCAGCGAGGACUGGGACCGCUUGCUGGCAGGCACAGGCAAGAAGAAGGGAGCAUCUGAAGAAGUUCACGAGCAGUCCCGGAGCAGAAAUCGCGGUAUGAGCUACGGCACAAGGGGUUCACGGAGGAAAGCUAGUGGUCUUGAGGAUCCGACUAUCAUACCGAGUACUGCGCCCCUCGGGUUCCUGGGUCGUCUACCCUUCAAGAUUGGAGGUACCCUGAGAUACAAACCUAGUGCGGCGAAUCUCCAGGAACACCCGGGCUCGUCGAAGCAUGCCAUAGAAGGCGAACGCGUGCCACUACUUGGUGCGGAUCACGACGACGAAAUACACCCCGACGAACUACUGUCGCACAGUAGGAAACGAAGUGGAACGGCGGACAGUGGAGAUACCAGCGACUCGUUCAGGUCGAGAGGAGAUCUCUUCCCUAGUGACGAAGAGGGAGAGGAGGACGCGAUAGCGUUGGAUGACGAAUUCACGAUUGGACUCGAACCCAUGGAUGAUCGGUCCAGCAGCAGAACGAAGAGUAGCAAGGGAAAGCGAACAGCCGAUUACAGGUUACCACGAAGCGUGUCGAGGACCACGAUAAACUCGGCCAGAUUAUCUCUACGGACGAGCAUACACUCAACAUCCAACCCGACUAGUCCAGCCGCGCGGACGAUUGAAGAUCUGCAUCAGGAGGAGGCAUGGCUAGAACGAGAAGAGGAUGAGGUCAUUGAGAAGAAGAGACAGGCGGCCGCGGACCUGGCCCUCCGCCGGGGUCUCAGCCGUGAGAAUCUCCAGAUUGAGUCCGUACCCGAGGUGAAGUCGGAGAUGGUUCAAGUGGACGAGGUGGCAAUUCCCGAGCAAGCGACACUAGACGAGGUUACCGAUGAUGAGGAUGAUGGAGAGGACCGAGAGGACAGGCAGGACCCAGAAGCCGAGGCGGGAGCAGGAUCUGCACAAAGUGAGCCUCGCCCAUCGGCGUCCUCGACAUCCGAGCACCCACGGAAAGGAGAGGACGAGUUCGUACCUGCGCGGUUACCAUACUUCCGGUGA